GAUCUUGGAGUUACAAACUACAGCUGUGGAUUUGAGACUGUUGCACCAUGUGUAUUUGAGGAUUCAUCCCUUGAUGAUUUUGAUUGGUCACGACACACUGGUUUUACAAACACUCCGGGAACUGGGCCCUCAGCAGCGGCCGAGGGAAGAUAUUACAUAUUCACAGAGGCUGGUAACCCUACCUUCCCAGACACCUUGAUGGUUAUUAGAGCUAAAGCUAUACUCACAACUGAAGCUACAAACUUACAAGCAUGUCCUUAUUGUCUGUCCUUCAAGUACCAUAUGAGAGGGGUUGCAAUAGGAUCAUUAGAAGUAUUUGCUGGGGAUAAGACAUCUUCUCUGACAAGUUUCUGGAAAAAAAUAGGACCACAAACCCAAGAUCCCGUUAAAUGGAACACUGGAACUAUGGACAUACCACAAUUUAGUAAUCUUGUUAUCACCAUAGUAGGGUCCAUUGGUGAUGGAGAAGUCGGUGAUAUUGCCAUUGAUGAUAGUUUCCUUCAAGCUGGUGCAUAUAAUGCUGGAAAGUAAACAGAAAAAGAGAAAAGACAUUAGAAUCGUAACAUUAAUUGUUCGAUUUUAACAGUUAAUUGUACAUUAUGUGUACAUAAUUGUACUGAUCAUGUUAUAUUUAAAAA